AUGUCCGAGCCUAUCCCAGAGGCUAUACCCACAUCCGCCGACCCGCGCUCGAAACGCCCAGUGAAGAAACGCGCCCUCACUCCACGUACAGAGCAAGCCUCCCAGGUCGAAGCCCUCUUUGCAAAGCCUGACCGCGAAAUCCACAUCCUAGGCUCCGGCGCAAUUGCCAAGACUUCCUCUCUGCCCCCAGAAAUUGUCGCAAAUGUUCAAGGUUCAAGCGCCGGUGCAGGUAGUGGCGAGUUUCAUGUCUACAAAGCGAGCCGGCGGCGCGAGUAUGAGAGACUGCGCGCCAUGGACGAAGAGGUGAAGAAGGAGGAAGACGAGAAGGAGUUUGCUAAGCGGAAAGAAGAGUUGGAGAAGAAGGACAAGGAAAAGACGGAGAAGAACAGGCUAAAGCGGGAAAAGGCAAGGCAACGGAAAGAAAAGGCAAAGAAAGGCGGCAAGGGCGGAGAUGGCGACGCCAAGGACAGUACAACUGGUGCGGAGCAAGCAAAGAAGAAGCUGGCCCCGAAUGCAAACGUACCCAAGAAUAGCGCCGACGAUGAUGCGGACACACGUAAUGAAGGGGCUGAGGUCAAAAACAUGGAAGAGAUUGGCUUGGUCAUUGAAGACGACGACUGA